GGACUGAACACCGAGAAACAUCCCGACAAUGAGCCCAGCUUUCCCACGUUUUCUCUCCUCUCACACACACACACUCACACACACUCACACUGGAUCAUUAACAGAAACACACACUAAUGAGGAUUAAUCCGGAAACAACCUGAGUUUCUGCAACUCGGAUCUAAAAGUGUUACUUGCUGUGAAGACGCCAUGUCUUCGUCUCGCUGCUUCUCCUUACUCCUGCUUCUCCUGCUGCUGAUGAAGACUCCAAACACAGAGAGCAGACCGACCAACGAGGACACCGACACAGCCGACGCAGUAAAGUCGUCCGAAGACGAAGAAGACGAUGAAUCCUCCUCAGAGGAAAACAAACUGUCCAAUGAGCUGUCAACGAGCAACGAGAAGCUCCAAACGUUAGCGCCGCAGUGGGAGAUGCCGGACAAAAUGGAGAAGCAGCUUCACGCCGUUCCCGCCAGCAGGACGGUGAAGUUUCGCUGCCAGGCCACCGGAAACCCGGUUCCCACGCUGCGCUGGUUCAAGAACGGGAAAGUGUUCAGAAAGGACCAACGGAUCGGAGGCUACAAGAUCAGAGACCACAUGUGGACUCUAAUAAUGGAGUCGGUGGUGCCGUCUGAUAAGGGGAACUACACCUGUGUGGUGGAGAACGAACACGGGAGCAUCAAACACACGUACCUGCUGGAUGUAGUCGAGCGUUCUCCUCACAGACCCAUCCUGCAGGCUGGUCUCCCGGCCAAUCAGACGGCGGUCGUGGGUCGAGACGUGGCGUUCGUGUGCCGUGUGUUCAGCGACCCGCAGCCUCACAUCCAGUGGCUCAAACACAUCACCAUCAACGGCAGCAGAGAGGCGCCCGACGGACAUCCGUACGUCCUCGUACUCAAGACUGCGGGUCUGAACACGACGGAUAAAGAGAUGGAGGUCCUGACUCUGAGGAACGUGAGUCUCAGUGAUUCAGGAGAAUACACAUGUUUAGCAGGAAACUCCAUCGGCGUGUCGCAUCACUCCGCCUGGCUCAGCGUCGUCGACGAGCUCCCCCCCGCCCCACUGCCCUCGCAGACGUACCUGGAGAUCUUCAUCUACUGCCUUGGUUUCUUCAUCAUCAUCAUCCUCAUCGCCACCGCCGUCAUCUGCAGACUCUGCUGGGCGCCGAAGAAAAACAACUUCCACAAACAGCUGGCCGUCCAGAAGUUAGCUAAGAGCAUCCCACUGAGGAGACAGGUGUCGGUGGAUUCCUCGUCAGGUUUGUGUUUGAUGCGUCCGUCUCGUCUCUCCAGCGCAGCGAACUCUAUCCUCACCGGAGUCUCGGAGUACGAGCUGCCCUACGACCCGGCCUGGGAGCUUCCUCGAGACAGACUGACGCUGGGGAAGCCUCUGGGGGAGGGCUGUUUUGGUCAGGUGGUUCUGGCCGAGGCGGUCGGGAUCGAUAAGAACAAACCGACCCGCCUCACUAAAGUGGCCGUGAAGAUGCUCAAAGCGGACGCCACCGAGAAGGAUCUGUCCGACCUGAUCUCUGAGAUGGAGAUGAUGAAGAUGAUCGGGAAACACAAAAACAUCAUCAACCUGCUGGGAGCGUGCACACAGGACGGGUCUCUGUACGUUGUGGUUGAGUUUGCCUCUCAGGGGAACCUGCGGGAGGUCCUGAGGUCCCGCCGCCCCCCCGGCCUGGAGUACUGGAGUGGCUCUCAGCAGGAGGCCAUGGACCGGCUGGAGGUCCGGGAGCUGGUCUCUGCUGCGUACCAGGUGGCCAGAGGGAUGGACUACCUCGCCUCCAGGAAGUGUAUCCACAGAGACCUGGCAGCGAGGAACGUUCUUGUGACCGAAGACAACGUGAUGAAGAUCGCUGACUUUGGUUUGGCCCGAGACGUUCACCACAUCGACUACUACAAGAAGACCACCAACGGUCGUCUGCCGGUGAAGUGGAUGGCUCCGGAAGCUUUGUUCGACCGGAUCUACACACACCAGAGCGACGUGUGGUCUUUUGGGGUCCUGCUGUGGGAGAUCUUCACCCUCGGGGGGUCUCCGUACCCCGGGGUCCCGGUGGAGGAGCUCUUCAAGCUGCUGAAGGAGGGACACCGCAUGGAGAAACCCACCGCCUGCCCCCAGGAGCUAUAUCAGAUGAUGAGAGACUGCUGGCACGCCGUCCCCGCUCGCAGACCCACUUUCUCACAGCUGGUGGAAGAUUUAGACCGAACACUUUCCCUCAUGGCCAACCAGGAUUACCUGGACCUGGCCUCUCCUCUCGUACAGUACACCUCCGUCAGCUCCUCUCACUCCUGCAGCUCCUCGUGAACGUCCUGGGAAUUGCUUCCUUCCUUCAUCCCGUUUCCUCUCAGGCGAUUCACUGCAGCGUCCUGAUGUGAAACCCAGCUGGACUGAGGGAUGGGGGGUGAAGAGCCUGAGCUGCUGCUGCUGCUGCUGCUGCCGCCGCCGCCGCUGCACGAUGUUUAUAAUAAUAAUGUUCUCAGUGUGAAUAGUGUAAAUAUUAUUUUGUUAUUGUUACCAUGGAUGAAGACAGAACUGGAUUUAUACGAGGAAAAGGAAACGUAAAGCGAGAAAUACUCAAAAUAAUGAACAAAAUACACAAGACAUGGACCGUGUUUCAUAAAGCAUUAAGACAGAGGAAACAGCAUUAAAAAACAGUCAUUAAAAAGCUACGAAUACAUAAGCUUUCAAAGGGAAUACGACAGGUGGGAAACAGUGCAGGGUAACACAUGAAUAUCACUUCGUUUUAUAAAGGGGUUAGGAUUCUGCCUUAAUUCAAGAGUCUUUUCUAGAUGUAACCAGCGUAAACACUCUUCCUCCAUGUUUAGUUUAGACUUUGAAGACAAGAAACAGACGCUUUAUACACACGACUAAAUGUAUACAUACAUCUCGGUACUUUUAACUUGUCUACCAUCUGUCUCCCUUUAUCCUCGUAGAAGUAUUUCUUUGUGCAUCUUUAUUAAUUUAUUUUGUACCAGUAUUUAUGUAUUCUCCACACAUGUUGCCAAAGAAGAUGUCUGCCAGUGUUACACUUCAACAUUGCACUUAUCCAGCUGAGUUCAGCCUGCCAUUUACAGAAAAUGCUUCGAGUUGAAUGUGUACCAUAACUGAUUAACAACAGUAUUAAAAGCCUUUUUGAAUUUA